UCGAGAGGCUCGAGAGUAGCAGGCGAGAGCACACCAGUUCAUUGACAUGUCAAACCCAGUCAUUACUCAUCAGCCGGGUGCAGCCACCUAUGGCACCAACGUACAGACAGGAGACUGGAGCACUGGCCUCUGCUCCUGCUGUAGUGACCUCCUCGUCUGUGCCGUUGGUUGCAUCUGUCCAAUUGCACUGAGCUGCUACACAGCAAAUAAGUAUGGUGAAAACGCAUGCCUUGCAUGUGUUCCUGGAGGCAUGGCCGCUAUGAGGACACACAUGAGACUGACCUACGGCAUUCAAGGUACAAUAUGCAAUGACGCCCUAAUGACCUGCUGCUGUGGAAUAUUUGAGACAUGUCGAAUGGCCAGAGAAAUUCGUAUUAGAAAUGGAGAGGCCUAAUUAAGUAACUGUGCUUUGUAGGAGAGAACCCCAUCACUGCAGGCUAGAGAUGUGUAUUGUCCUUUCUUUUUUCCCUUUCUUUUUUUCAUUAUAAUUUUUGUAACAGAACAAUCAAAUGAAUUUGAUUUGACUUGAUUUAUUGUACCAAAUAUGAAUUCAAAAACACCUUCAAAAUGUAAUGAUCUAUGUUAAAUGUGUAGCAAUCUGGGAAAACCCCAGAAAACAGCCAAAAUGAGCAACUUUUUUUUUUCUUUCACAUCUCUACUUUAAGAAAAUAUAAUAUAUUUUACCAAAACAAGUGGAAAUGUUCUAAUCUGUACAGAUAACACUGGACAAAGUUUUAAAAUGUUUAAAUGACCUAAUAAAAAAGACAUAAUAAUAAA